GACCCUUCGCCGAACCCCAUCCGGGAAGGAAAGGAGCCGGGGCCGAAGGGCGAGGGGAGGGAGGAGACGUCGCUCCAGGAAGGAUGGCGGAAAUCUGACUCUAGCGGUGAGCGUUUCUCCUCUCCUCGUCUCUCUUUUCUACCAUCCUUCUUUGUCGGCAGGAGAUGACGAGCGGGCUUAAAUAAAUGAAGCGUGACGUCACUCUCCUCUGAGAGAUGCUGGUGUUGCUAGGCGACCGCCGGCCGACUUCCCGUUCCAUUUUUGGAGAGGCGCCGAGGGACGGACGGACGGACGGACGUUUCGGAGGACGUCGCCGCCGUUAGCCAUUUCAUGGCAUUCGUUCGCCGGGAUCCGAAAGACGUCCUCCUCGUUCGUGAGAACGCGCCUCCGGGACCCGAGCCGUGAAAAUCCAAUGCUAUUUCAGCAAAUUGGAGCGUAUCGACGAAAUUCACAGUGACAUGAAAUCAUUGAGAUGUCACCCACAGAUGAACAAGAAGCGGCCUGGAAAUGCCUCUGACUGAACAGGAAGUGACCCAUAUAUGCCCCAAAAUGAACAGGACGCAACCCUAAAAUCAACAGGAGUGACGUGGAAACGCCCUAAAUAUCAACACCCUGAAUCAAUAGGAAAAGGAAGCGACCCAGCAAUGUGUAAAAAUCAACAGAAAAUGACCAAUAAAUGCCCCAAAAUCAACAGAAAAUGAGCCAAAAAUGAACAGCAGGAAGGAUGACGUCCCAAGAGGAGGCUUCGACCUUGCGGCGCUUUUUCCAAUACGUGGAGGACAGCUGCCUCCGGGCCUACGACCAGCUGGUCAUCCAGAACGCCUGGGACAUUUCCAGAGAGAGCGACCGCCUUCGAAAUCGCCCCUCCUCGCGGGAAAUGAAAAUACACAAGAAACGCCAAGGAGAAGCCAUCAAGAGGACCGAGGACGAGGAAGAGACGGCGGCCGGCGCCGGCAAAUAUUUCCGAAUGGGUUUGGCUCCCGGCCGGGCCCUCGGCGUUCGCUCUCAGUCCCUCACCUCGGUGGGCGACGGCGCCGACGAACGCAAACAGCCGCCGCCGCCCAAGCCCAAGAGGGAUCCCAACACCAAACUCAGCAGCAGCUCCGAGGCGCUUCCUACUCAAACUCAGGAGCCCCAGCACGCGCACCCAGCAUGCGGCGAGGACUGGAAGAAGACGCCCCCGCCCAAACCCAAACGCGACCCCAACACGCAGCUGAGCUCGUCCCGCGCGGCGCCGGACGAUCCGGAGUCGGUUUACAUCGAAAUGGCGGCCAACGUCCCGGCCAAAAGUCCCGAGGAGCAGAGCGAGUCGGUGUACGAGGAGAUGAAGUUCCCCGAGCGCCGCGUCCCCCCCCAGCCUUUUCCCAACCUGCUGACGCCCCGCCCGCCGUUGCUGGUCUUUCCGCCGGCCCCGCCCCAGCGCUCGCCCGAUUCCGACGAGUCCCCGCUGACGCCGGUGGACGUGGCUCAGCUGAGCGCGGCGGGCAAAAAGGCCGCCGAGCGAGAGUCUUCGGGUCGCUCGUCGGCGCCGCCCCUCCGUUCCGCCCCCGCCCGCACGGGGUCGGCCUACCCGCGCAGCCGCUCGGCCUGCCCCUCCCCCGUCGCGCGUUCCCCCGCGCCUACCGGGCAGAAGAGACCGCCCCCUUACGAGGCCUCGGUGGCGGGCCGGCUCGCCGGCGCCGGGUCCCCGGACGCGGCGGACUGGAGGAGCCGGCGCGACGCUCAAGAAACGAAAUGUUUGUGUCAACUGGGCCGCUCGUCAUCAACGCCGGGGGCGCCGACGAGCCAGCGAGACCACCCCGCCCUGGGCCAGAUGCCGUGGCUGUGCGGCGACGCCACCAUGAUGGAGACCAUGGAAAAGAAACGGAUUUUGUGCCGCGAGAUCCAAAGUCGGCGGCGAGCCGGCGGCGACGACGAGCCCGCCGGGCCCCGGGGGAGGAGUAAACGACCGCCGCCCUAUUCGGCGCCUCCCAUCCGCGCCGUCUGGGACACGGCCAUCUGAGCGCCGGCCACGCCCUCUCGUCCAAAGGAAUCUGCCGUCUCUCGUCGUCGAUGAGUUCAAAAACCUCCCCCCUCUUCGGAACGCGGGUCACGCGGAGCGGCCGCGCGGGGGUCAAAGGUCACCCCCGGCCCCGUCGCCACGGAUACGACGGGGGGUCGAAACGGAACGAAAAAGGAUGAGGCGAUUCCAUUUUUGCCCUCGGCCGUCAAUGAAUUGAUUGCGCUAGACGUCCGAUCCGUUUGAGGUGGGAGGAUGGCGGCCAACUAACAUUCAUCCACUUGCCGCCAGACUACUCCCGCUUUUAAACGACUUGGAUGUCCAAACUCGCCAUUGAUGGCAGAAGCUAGAAAAAGCCUACCACUCAGAGCGGCCAUGUUGGUAGGGGCAAUGACAUUCCAUCAAAGUCAAUAUGUACCUUGGCAUUAAAAUGAAGUCAUAACUAUCUUAUUUCUUGACAAGAUCACUUCCUGUUCAUGUUGGAGAAUUUGCGUGUAAUGAACUUUUCAUUUUGGGCCAUUUCCGCUCACUCGCUGUUGAUUUUGGAGUAUUCCUCUGUCACUAACUUUUCUUUUUGGGCCAUUCCUGGUACCUGCUCACUUCCUGUUCAUUAUGGGGUAUUCGCAGGUCACUAACUUUUCAUUUUGGGUCACUGCCUGUUCAUUUUCAAUCACUUCCUGUUCAUUUCUGAGCCACUUCCCAUUCAAAGUCAAAGCAUCCGCUAGUUACUGCGUGGCUGCCACGGACGGUGCUCCGCAUCCACCAAUCCAUUUGAAGAUGGAGGGAUGGCAGCAAAUGACUGCAACGGAUCGCCGUCGGUGGCAGUCGAUGAGUUGACAAUUUUGUGAGCGUUCUCUGCGGCAAGCGCGCGUAGAGUAAACCACAUCCAGCAGAAGGGUUAGCGCACAUUAACCGCGUGCACGCGCUCAGAGUGAGCUGUCAUUAAGUCCCCUGUCGUUAGCUCCCUUCCCUUACCAACGUGCUCACACACGAACAUAUGUGUUUUGCUAAAUUAUCCGGCAUAUUAAGACAAAGACCUUAACACCUGAAUAAACUCGACACACCACUUCAGUGACAAUACUAUUGGUAGGUGUACAAUCCAAUUUAAUGGUUUAUUAUGAUUAUUUUUUUAUUCAAAAAUAUUGAAACAAGUGUUUUUUGGGGGGGUUGGCAAUAACUCAUACUAUUUCAGUGCCGUUGAUGGUGGUAGGUGUCAAAUCUCAUUUUUCUUUGAAUUAAAAACAGAAAGUGACCCAGAAUCAACAGGAAAUAACCCGUAAGUGUUCCGGACCAACAGGAAAUGCCCCAAAAUCAACAGGAAGUGACCUCUCAAUAAUGCCCCGAAAUGUACAGGAAGUGACCCAAAAUCAACUGGAAACUAACCCGUGAGUGUUCCAAAACCAACGGGGAAUUCAACAUGGACGGGAAAGAACCCGUAAUUAUCCGAAAACCAACAGGAAGUGACCUCGAAGUGCCGUAUGGAACACAAUGCUCCGAAAUGUACAGGAAGUGAUCCUAAAUCAAUAGGAAGUGUCGAAGGACGACGUUUUGGCUCUUUGCCCUCCGCGUGCUGGUUGAAUUUCGGCUGGUGAGAAUGCUGUUAAAUUAGAGGCUGGAGAUGAACAGUAUUCCUUGGAAGGUUUUAUUGCGAAUAUUCUGGGUACAAAUGUGAUACAGACGAGGGCUGUGACCUCGCAAAAGUACAAGAAAACACAAUACGAGGCGGAGUGUUUUAUACUGUUGAAAGGUCGUUGCCCAAACUCUGGCCCAAGCUGGGGAUGUUUUCGUCAGAAAAACAUCUUCAGUUGACACCUUGUGAGCUGCUCCCAGCUGGUACGACUCGUGAGUCAUAAGCACAGUUUCUGAUAAGGCCGUCAACAGAUAGCCAUUGUGGUUGUUCAAAGAGAAUCCCACAAACAUGGCCGCACAUGGGCAUAGUGCAAUAUAUGCUAUGAUACAGUCUAGGAUACAGAAGUAACUCGUGCGUGUCCCAAAACUAACAGGAAAUUGACAGGAAGUCAACUGGAAGUAUCCCAAAACCAACAGGACCUGACCGCUCAGCGUCGUAUUACGCACAAUGCCCCGAAAUCAAUAUGCAGUAACCCAAAGCCAUCGGGAAGUGACCCAAAAUCAACAGGAAGUGACUUGUCAGUGUCCCAAAAGCAACAGGAAAUGCCCCAAAAAUCAACAGGAAGUGGCCCCUAAGUAGUACACGUGUAACGGGUAAGUGCGGGUCCGUUGUUUGCGGUGCGUGGAAAGCUCCCUCCCGAUGCCUUGAAGUGGGUGCGCCGGCAGCUAAAGCUGCUAGCCCGGGCUUUUUGCUGAGUGGUCAGAGCACCCGCUCGUGCCGGACGCGUCGUGCGGCUCGGGUACGAGUCCUCACUUGGACAAGGGGGACGGACGGCGUCACGCGGAUCCAAGCAACACUUUUGACUUGGAUAAGAUUUAGAAAGCGCGACUAGAGUCAAAUGUCAUGAAUGUAACAGGACUUUUGCGCGACUGGAUGUUUUUCCAGCCGCGAUGGUGUGUUUGUGUGCGUGAUGGAGCGUAGGAACAAAAGAGGAGCUCUUUCUGUGUGGCCCCGCCCGCCCCAAUGCCCCAUCCCAUCCUAUCCUUUGUGCUUUCUGUUGCAAUUUGGGCCGAGUGAAUGUUUAGGCAACAGAUGCUCCGACAAAGAGCGCCAACACACAAUGGAAUGGUGAGAAGAUUCCCGCGUUUUGCACUAAGACGGGGGAUGUCAAGUCAAACUCCUUUUUGUCGCUUCACAAUUGCAGUUGGGGAGAAAGAGAGAGGAGGGCAACUACUCUAUGUUGGCUAAGCAUUUUCUUGAAAAAGACAAAACUGUUUAUGUUUUUGGAAAAUGUGAACAAAUUCAAGUGAAGAAAAAACAUUUUUUGGGUUGCUUUUACGGAUUGGAACAAUUUAAUAACUGACAUUAGCCUGACGAUGCUAGCUUGUUCUUGUCGUUUAUAAUCAUCAAAAGACACAUCAACCAAUAAUAAAUAAAAUCUGAAACUAUUUGCAUUUAAAAAAGAAUUUGGACCAUUUUUUUGGGUCUCUAAAUUUAAACUUGGUUUUUGCUAACGAAUUUACUUUGGCUAAAUCAUUGCUAAAAACGGAUAUUAGCCAGACUUAUGCUAGCUUGUUCUUGUCGUGCAUAAUAAUAAAAAAACACAAAAACGAAUACAUUUCAUGGAAAUAUUUGUGUUUAAAAAAGAGAAUUUGGACCAUUUUUUUGCCCGCUGAACAACUUGAUUUUUGCAAACAAAUUCAAUUUGGCUAAAACAGGGCUAAAAACUGAAAUGAGCCAGAGCUAUGCUAGCCUGUUCUUGUCGUUCAUGAUAAUAAAAACAGAC